AUGAAGCAGCCGCACAAACAGAGCCAGUGCAGACGAGUCCAGCUGGAGUCGUCCGGUGUUAACAGGCAGUCUGAACCUCAAAAUCUGCUGCUGGAGGACGUGAGCUCAGAAACAGCCCAGUCACUGGCCUAUGACCUGAUGAGCAAAGCACAUUUCUGCUACUUCCCACAACAACAAAGAAAACCUACCGAGGGCGUGUGGUAUGAGGUGGAGGAAGGCAUCGCCCAGCAGCCCACCAGAGGCAAAACUGAGCAGCACCUUCAGCAGGUUCUGGUGCUGGUCGCUGUUGGACUGGACUGGGAUCAGAAACAGGAUGAGGAACGGAGCAGCGCUGAUCAGCAAAGUGGCUCCGACAGCCUGCAGACGAUGACAGAAAGAAGUUUACAAAUGGGUGGAUUUCCUGCAGGGAGAAGUUGCAGGAAACGUCAAACGAAGGGAACCCCGGCUGAAAGCCAGGGAGGAAAAACCCACGUGUCCGCUCUCUUUGUUCACUCCAACAGUGUGCUCAUGAUGAGCGUGCCCGUGGUCGUGUCCAUGGUCGUGGGCGUGCCCGUGGUCAUGUCCAUGGUCGUGGGCGUGCCCGUGAUCGUGUCCGUGAUGCUCGUCCUCAUGAGUGGGAAGGUUGGCCUCAGCGCUCCACUUGCUGGCCCCGUGGAACAUCUUCACUGGGGGUCCAUGGUCAUCCUCGUCUCCGUGGGAGUGGCCAUGGUGAUGGUGGCCGUGGUGAUGGUGGCCGUGCCCAUGGUCGCCAUGGCUGAACAUGAUGUCCAUGAUGGAGUGACCAAAGAAGAGAUCCUCCCCAAAAAUAAUGGAACCUUCCAGAUGAGUGCUGACCUGGAUGUUUCAUCAGUUCCAGCUGAAGACUGGACGAAGUAUGAAUGUGUGUUUCAGCUCUCUAAAACAGCAGACCUCCCCACCAGACUGGAGAAAGGAAUAAUUAGGACCAAUGCAGACUCCAAACACAGAAACUGA